AUGAAAUCCAUCAUUGCCUUCCUCAGUAUCCUCCCAGUCAUCUUCGCUAUACCAACACCUGACAAGCGGGCGGCCGCACCCACAGUAGCAAUUGCUUCACCGGCAGCAACAAUCAUUGGAUCAUCUAUAUCCUCCAUUGACAGUUUCAAUGGCAUCCCAUUCGCGCAGCCCCCAACGGGUGCUCUGCGUUUGAAGCCCCCUCAGCCACUCAACGCCCCCCUUGGGACAGUGAAAGCUGUCGGUAUUCCAAAGGCUUGUCCGCAAUUGUACUUUUCCAACAACCCAAACGACUUCCCCGCCGGUGUUCUUGGCACGAUUAUGAAUACGCCACUGUUCCAAGCAGCCAGUAACGCCGGAGAAGACUGUCUAACCCUCAAUAUCAUCCGGCCUGCUGGACUAACGGCUUCGUCAAAAGUACCAGUGUUGUUCUGGAUCUUUGGCGGCGGCUUUGGCCUUGGAUCGACUCAGAUGUAUGAUGGGCAUUCGCUCGUUGCCGCGUCUGUCGCGGCGGGAAAGCCGAUCAUAUUUGUGGCGGUGAACUACCGAGUCGGAGGAUUUGGCUUCUUGCCAGGAAAAGAAAUCUUAGCCGAUGGAUCUGCCAAUCUUGGACUCCAGGAUCAGAGACUCGGCCUCAAAUGGGUGGCAGAUAAUAUUGCAGCUUUCGGUGGAGAUCCAGAAAAGGUUACCAUGUGGGGCGAAUCUGCAGGAUCGAUUUCUGUCCUCGACCAGAUAGUUCUAUAUGACGGAGAUAAUAAGUAUAAUGGAAAGCCGCUCUUCCGCGGGGCUAUCAUGAGCUCCGGUAGCGUUGUCCCAGCCGAUCCGGUGGAUUGCCCCAAGGGACAGGCAGUCUACGACUCAGUUGUAGCAAAGGCUGGUUGCUCUUCGGCCACCUCAACUUUGGAGUGCCUUCGAGCAUUGCCAUACAUCUCUCUCUUGAACGCUGUCAACUCCGUUCCUGGCAUCUUGAGCUAUAACUCUGUGGCCUUGUCUUAUCUUCCUCGGCCGGAUGGGUCAGUACUCACUGCCUCUCCAGAUGUUUUGGUCAGCCAGGGUAAAUGGGCCAAGGUGCCGUUCAUUGUCGGGGACCAAGAGGAUGAAGGUACUCUCUUUGCUCUCUUCCAGCCGAACAUCACCACAAAACCGCAAGUGGUUGAGUACCUCUCCGACUUGUUCUUCCAUAGUGCCACCACCGCACAGCUUACCGCCCUUGUCGACACUUACCAAAAUAUUGCUACAGACGGUUCGCCAUUCCGAACGCUGCUCUUCAACAACUGGUAUCCCCAGUUCAAGCGUCUUGCGGCCAUCUUGGGCGACCUAGUCUUCACCCUAACCCGACGUAUAUUCUUGGACAUGGCAUCGACGGAAGUCCCCAGUUGGUCAUACCUGUCGUCGUACGACUAUGGAACCCCCAUCCUAGGAUCCUUCCACGGCGGCGAUAUCCUCCAGGUAUUCUAUGGUGUUCUCCCCAACUAUGCAUCUCGAGCCAUCCGCGACUACUACUUCAAUUUCGUACACACCAUGGAUCCCAACAACGGCUCGGAAUUUAUGGAAUGGCCGCAGUGGAGCGAGAAGAGGCAAUUGAUGAACUUUUAUGCCACGGGGGCAAACCUAAUAAAUGAUGACUUCAGGUCAGACUCGUAUGAAUUCAUCAAGACCAAUGUGGGAAGCCUGUAUAUAUGA